AUGGUGUACACAGAGAACUCUCGUUCUUCGUCUCCAACAACGCCACGCACUCUCGAUCUCUUUCCCACCCAAGCUGGAGAUUUGGCACAUGUGGUUUCUUCUGCCAACGACGAAGUGGUUACUCUCGCGCACUUGAGAAACAACUUAACGGAAGAGGCUGCAAGAAACGUAUUGACUCUGUCCACAAAACCAAUACGGGUACAAAGAAGAACAAGAUGGGUAAUCAAGAAAACACUCACAAGGAGCGACGUCGCAAAAAGCCAAACACGCCUUCUUAUACCAAUGCAAUCCGUGAAUGAGCAUAUUCGGAGAUACCUCAUGAAUGACGAGAUCAGAAUGAUCGAAGACGAUGAUAGUGGAGGCUUUAUAGUCAAUGUGUACGACACUGACACUCACUCUACUCAUUGGUUGUGCCUUAAGAGGUGGAAUUCAACUGGAAGCUAUGUGUUGAAGACGAAUUGGAGUAGCGAUUUUGUUAUCAGAAGGAAUCUUCAAGAAGGCGAUGAAAUUGGACUCUUUUGGAAUAAUCCCGAGUUAAGGUUCCACUUUUGUGUGUUUCCUCCUCCUGGCCAUUGA